CGACUUGCAACGAUUUCCACGGACUGGUGCAGAAAAUCAUGGAGCUGCAAGACAUCCUUGCUAAAACCUCCAGUAAGCUGUCCAGGGCGGAGGAGAAGAUGAAUGGGCUGGACGGCUGCUACUGUGAGAGGACCUGCAGCGUCAACGGGGUGGUCUACCGAGAGGACGAGGGUUGGACAGAUGGUUGCAGGAACUGCACGUGCACGAACGGAACGGUGCAAUGCGAGGCCAUCUCUUGCCCACCUGCUCAGUGCCCGGCGGGCACGUUGCCGGCCUACGUGAAGGGCGCCUGCUGCAAGGAGUGUCAGCCUGUCUGCCUGUUUGGCGGAAGGGAGCUGGUGGAAGGAGAUCACAUGGCCGUGCGCGACUCCUCCAGACGGUGUCUGCUGUUUGAGUGCAAGGACAGGACAAUGCAUCGAGUGGUCCCCAGCGAGCCGUGUCCCGAGCUGAGGUGUCCAGAGUCCGAGCAGGUCACUUUGAGUGACCGAUGCUGUAAAGUCUGCAGAGGUCAUGACUUCUGUUCCGAGGGUCACGGCUGCGUGGAGCACUCGGACUGUGUUAACCUGGAAGCCGGAGACUGCUGCGUUUGCAAGGAUGGUUUCCGUCCUCUGCGAGACGACAACGCCUUCUGCCAAGAUAUCGACGAGUGCGCAGAGGGGAAGCACUACUGCAGGGAGAACACCAUGUGUGUUAACACCCCCGGCUCCUUCCUGUGCAUCUGCCAUACAGGCUACAUCCGGAUCGAUGACUACUCCUGCACAGAGCACGACGAGUGCCUGAGCGGACUUCACGACUGCGACGAGAAUGCCUUGUGCUUCAACAUGGUUGGAGGACACAGCUGCUCUUGCAAGCCGGGCUACACCGGCAACGGAACCGUGUGCAAAGCCAUGUGCGACGGCUUGUGCCAGAACGGCGGGACGUGCCUGUCGCCCAACAACUGCGCCUGCCUGCAAGGAUUCACCGGGAAGAGAUGUGAGACAGACAUCGACGAGUGUGCCGACGGCUUCGUGGAGUGUGACAGUAAAUCCGCUUGUGUCAACUUGCCCGGAUGGUACCACUGCGAGUGCCGCGAGGGUUACCAUGACAACGGCUUGUUUUCUGCCAAUGGAGAGUCGUGUGUAGAUAUCAACGAGUGCAAGACGGGCGGGAACACCUGCGCCAACGACACCGUCUGCUUCAACCUGGAGGGAGGCUACGACUGCCGCUGCCCCCACGGACACAACUGCACCGGCGACUGUAUCCAUGACAACAAGGUCAAGCACAGCGGACAGGUGUGGGUGCUGGACAGCGACCGCUGCUCCGUCUGCUCGUGCCAGGCCGGACAAGUGAUGUGUCGCAGGACGGUGUGCGACUGCGACAACCCCGGCGCCGACCUCUUCUGCUGCCCCGAGUGCGACCCUCGGCUGAGCAGCCAGUGUCUGCACCAGAACGGCGUUCUGACCUAUGGCAGCGGCGACACCUGGGUGGAGAACUGCCAGCAGUGCCAGUGCCUGCAGGGUCAGGUUGACUGCUGGCCGCUGCCGUGCCCGCCCGGCGACUGCGAGUUCACGGUGGUGCCCGACGGCGAGUGCUGCCCCCGAUGCGUCAGCGACCCUUGCCUGGCGGACACCGUCCGCAACGACAUCACCAAGACGUGCACGGACGAGCACGACAUCUCGCGCUUCAGCGGCUCCUCCUGGAUCAAACACGGCACCGAGUGCACCCUCUGCCAGUGCAAGAACGGACACAUCUGUUGCUCAGUGGACCCCAUGUGCCUUUAGUGGUGGCACCUGUACAGCAUUCUCCAUCCAUGUAAAAUACAACCAGAAGAAAAAAUCACCACCACCUCCAUGGCCGCCCUCCAAUAACGUCUCCUCACUGAUCUUGACAGGAAUGUUUCGGCCGCAUGGAGGCGCCCUCAUCUUCCUAUUAUUAUUAUUAUCAUCAUCAUUAUUAUUGUAAAUGCCAGCAGGAUUGGUCCCAUUCCUAAAAACACUACAAGUGUUUCUUGGUCUUUCUACCCAACAUGAUGAUGAUGGACUUCACCCUUUGUUCACCCGCCCCACAUGACCUUGUAACAUACAAAUAUUAACUGGCAUGACUGUGCUUGAUGUCCAAACUUUGUUUGAUUUUCUUUGCUCAUUUAUUCGAUUGUGAACGAUGAUACUGUUGAUACUUUUACCUUUUAGACUGUGCAGAGACCAGUUAGCGUUCUUUUGCCACACUUACCAGUCGUCAGUAUUAUGUGGUGCUUGGUAGCUUUUUAUUGCACUUUUCCCCCCAACUUUUGUUUCUUUACGAGCUAGUUAUCGUGUAACAGUGAAAUAAAGUAUUUCCAUUUACAUUUAA